CUCACUGCUCGAAACUGAUGUCUCCUCGACUUUUCAAUAGGAGCCCAGAUGUAAACAGAGAAGCGUGGAUAAAGGGCUGAGGAAGUUACAAAAAACGAGAUUCGUUUUUCAGUGGCGCAGUUAGACAACUACAAAACUACAAUUCCCAAACAUCCGCUCGAUGACCACGGUUACGUAACUAUUCCUCGCUCCUCCCUUCUCCACCUAUCACCGACUGUUUGCUAAAGUGGGCUAGCUCCACAGAGAGUGGGUAUAAUGGACAGAUUCAGCCGCUAAUAUCAGCGAAUAAUCCGCCUGAUCCGUUAUCGGGCCUCCUUAUAACCACAGCCAUGUUUGGGAGGUCACGGAGCUGGGUCGGAGGACAGGGGAAAUUGAAAAAUAUCCAUUCCCUGGACCAUUUGAAGUACAUGUACCAUGUCUUGACCAAAAAUACCACAGUCACGGACCACAACCGCAACCUCCUGGUGGAGACGAUACGCUCCAUCACAGAGAUCCUUAUUUGGGGGGACCAGAAUGACAGCUCUGUCUUUGACUUCUUCCUGGAGAAGAACAUGUUUGCCUUCUUCCUGAACAUCCUGCGGCAGAAGUCGGGACGCUACGUGUGUGUUCAACUUCUCCAAACUCUUAAUAUACUCUUUGAGAACAUCAGACACGAAACGUCUUUGUAUUACCUAUUAUCAAACAACCAUGUAAACUCCAUCAUCGUCCACAAGUUUGACUUCUCAGAUGAGGAGAUCAUGGCCUACUAUAUCUCCUUCCUCAAGACGCUGUCGCUCAAACUCAACAAUCACACCGUGCACUUUUUCUACAACGAGCACACUAAUGACUUUGCCCUGUACACUGAGGCCAUAAAGUUCUUCAACCACCCUGAAAGCAUGGUCCGCAUCGCAGUCCGCACGAUCACCCUCAACGUGUACAAAGUGGACAACAAGCACAUGCUGCAUUACAUCAGAGAUAAGACAGCGGUGCCAUAUUUCAGCAACUUGGUCUGGUUCAUCGGAAGCCAUGUUAUUGAAUUGGACAAAUGUGUGCAGACAGACGAAGAGCACAAAAAUCGAGGCAAGUUAAGCGACCUGGUAGCUGAGCAUCUUGACCACCUCCACUACCUGAAUGACAUCCUCAUCAUUAACUGUGAAUUCCUCAAUGAUGUUUUGACUGAUCACCUUCUCAACCGCCUGUUCUUACCGCUUUAUGUGUUCUCACUGGUUAGCCAAGAAACACAUGAAGAGCGAAAGAUCAACCCUCAGGUGUCCCUCUACCUGCUGUCACAAGUGUUUCUGAUCAUCCACUAUCAACCCCUUGUCAAUGCCUUGGCCGAUGUCAUUUUUAAUGGAGACCUGUCUGUCUUCAUCCCACAGACAGGACUUCACAACACACAAAGGAACACAGCUAGUUCCGGAGCUGUGCGUCGCUUCACCAAGCCACCAGAAUCUUUGGAGCGCUCGCUGGAGCUCUCCCGCCACCGUGGCCGCAAGAGAACCCAGAAGAGGCCAAACUACAAGAACCUGGGCGAGGAAGAUGAUGAAAGGGGUGCUGGAGGAGGAGGAGAAGGAGGAGGAGGGGCAACCUCCAGCCGGGAAGGGGCAGAUGAGGGCUGGGACGAUAGCGUCCGAGGAGGAGAGGGAGGCCGAGAGAGGGAGAAGGGAAAAGGUACAGAGAUUGUAGGAGCAUGUGGGAGUUCUAAGGGAAGCAGAGCAAGUGGGGAAACGGCGGAAGAAAUAGAGAUGGUGGUAAUGGAGACAUCUAAAGUGUCAGAGUUGACUGAGCAGAACAUCACAGAUGAAGAGAAGACCGCAGCAGCCACCCGCACGCACAUGCAGAGAAGCAGGCCUUUCUUAGAAAUGGUGUACAGUGCCCUAGACUGCACCAAUGAUGACUACCAUGCCCUGUUUGUCCUCUGCCUUCUCUAUGCAGUUUCACACAGCAAAGGUAUAAAUCGUGACCUGCUGGAACGACUGCAGUUACCAGUUCCUGACCAGGAAAGAAGCUCCUACAGUUUAGUACUUGCAGAGAGGUUGAUCAGAAUAAUGAGCCAGGCAGCACAGCCAGAUGGUAGAGUACGUCUGGCUACCCUGGAGCUCAGCUGCUUAUUAUUAAAGCAGUCCGUGUUGUCUGGAAGUCCGUGUAUAAUCAAAGAUGUCCAUCUGGCUUGUCUGGAGGGGGCGAGAGAAGAAAGUCUGCACUUAUUGCGGCGAUUUUACAAGGGCGAGGAGAUCUUUCUGGACAUGUUUGAAGAUGAAUACAGGAGCAUGACGAGUAAACCGCUGAAUGUGGAGUAUCUCAUGAUGGAUGCUUCCAUACUUCUGCCUCCCACUGGUACACCUCUGACCGGCAUUGACUUUGUCAAGAGGCUUCCUUGUGGAGAUGUAGAAAAGACACGGAGGGCCAUACGUGUGUUCUUCAUGCUGCGGUCACUAUCACUGCAGCUUCAAGGAGAACCAGAGACACAGCUGCCUCUGACCAGACCUGAAGACCUUAUUAAGACUGAUGAUGUCUUAGACCUCAAUAACAGUGACUUAAUAGCAUGUAUGGUGGUCAGUAAAGAUGGCGGCCAGGCUCAAAGGUUCCUCGCUGUAGACGUGUAUCAGAUGAGUUUGGUCGAACCAGAAACCAAACGCCUUGGAUGGGGUGUCGUCAAGUUUGCCGGCCUUUUACAGGACAUGCAGGUGUCUGGUGUCGAAGAUGACAGCAGAGCUUUAAACAUCGUCAUUCAUAAGCCCAGCUCAAACCCCCACGCCAAGCCGUUGCCAAUCCUACAGGCCAACUUCAUCUUUGCCGACCACAUCCGUUGCAUCAUUGCCAAGCAGAGACUGGCCAAAGGUCGCAUCCAGGCCAGACGGAUGAAAAUGCAGAGAAUAGCAGCUCUUUUAGACCUGCCUGUGCAGCCAAGUACCACAGAAGUGCUGGGUUUCGGUCAAACAGCCAACGCCUCCCCCGGCGGUCUCCCUUUCCGUUUUUAUGAGCAGUCAAGACGAGCACCCAAUGACCCCACGGCCAACAGAGCAGUCUUCGCCACUGUUGAUAAAGUCCCAGGCUUUGCAGUGGCCCAUUGUGUGUCACAACACACACCCUCUCCUCUGUCCUCCCCUUCAACUCCCUCCAGUGGAAGUGGAAGCACAGGACGAUGCGACUCUGUUACGACGAGCACUAUUUCAGCUCAGAGCCCCACAGAUGACGGCACAUUCUUGGAGAAUACCCCUCCAUCCUCGUCAUGCGGCGAAGGAGAUUUAGACACUGUGGAUGUAACGAGCGCCCCCUCGACCCAAGUCCCGCCGCCGACACUGGCCCCCAGCCUCACCCCGGCCUCCCAGCCAACCAUCUCCCUCCUCUCCGACAGCAACGCCGACACACUGAGCGUGGAAUCGUUGACGUUGCUGCCCCCUGCGGACUCACCACACCUUCACCCUUGCACCAAUCCCCUCGUUGCUCCUGCUUCCUUUCUCAUGAGAUUGGAUGAGGAGAGUGAUGAAGAGAAAGAGGAAGGAGUGAAAAGAGACCAGGAGGCAGAAGUCUCACCGAUGGAGCACAGAGAGGCAGAUGGAGUGUUAAAAGAGGACGCAAAUAUGGAGGCGCUCAAAGAGGAUUCACAUGGUGAAGAAGAGCCAGAGGGUGAGAGCUCAGUCGGGAGGAACUCACAUCUGUUGGAGGAAGAGAGCGUUUCAAAAUCUUUAGAGGAAACAGAAUCUUCGGAAAGGGACACGGAAACACCUGAAUAACCUGAACUGGGCUAACAACACAUUCUUACAGGUGCAAUUGAACCAUUUCCCACUCAUCCAGAUUACAUUGGCACGUUGAAUCAACCAGUUUGGCUCUAGGCUGGUUUCAAGCUGCAACCUGUUGGUAGUGUGUGACGUCUAAAAAGGCCUCUCAGUCUUUCCGUUUCGUUUGCACACAAAGAAAAUCCUUGACGGAACUGGUGGAAGCCUCAAAGCACAUUUGGGUUCAUCGGUUUUGCAUACAAUGAGUUCCAGCACGCCUCAAAGUGUGUAACCAGCAGCUUUUUUUUUACUCCUUAUGGACGGGAUUGUAACAUGCAUUACUGCUGCUGAUGUGAGAUUUUAAAAGAUCUGGUCUAUUUUUUAUGUCUCAUGUUCGCAUAACCACUGAAAUUUUGUGAAAAAUGUAUACACACAUUGCUGCACAAGCCUUUUUAUUCACUGUUGUAUUUGUGGGGGCUCAAAGGAUUCAUCGUGGAUGUAUGCGUACUAAAUUUGGUUACGUCUUCAUUAGCCCUUGUGUGACGUGAUAACUAUUUGCCACUAAACUAGUUGCUUUUGUAUGAAAGUAAGCUACAGUAUGCUAAUGUUGCACUUCUGUUUCAAAAUAGCCCUGCAGGUAUGGUUUUGGAAUACAGAUAUGGAAUCAGAUUAUUAAAAAAGAAAAAAAAAUCCCAGCCAACUUCCUGGAUUGUGUUUCCUACCAAUGUUGAAAUUUCUGGGGAACUGUGAGAGACGGUUGAUCGUAUUAUCAUUCAUAUCUGCAAAAAUCAUCAUUAGUUUCACAUGCUUCCUUGUCAUGUGCUUUAUUUGGAAGCCGGCAGACAGUAAAAUGAUAAAAGCCUGUUUAAUAUCAUGUGAAGGCGCAAGAAUGAAGCUCGCACAAAGCAGCACACUACUGUAAGGGGUUUGUUUAAUGGUUUAACAAAUUGGUCUUUAGUCCAACCUUGUGUCACAUGAAGACAUCUUUCAUUGAAUGUAUCUGCAUAAUUCUUUACAGAGCUGACAUGAGCUCACUUUAACAAAACAAGAAUAGCAAGAAAAUCCGAAAAUUCAUAGCCAAAUGACAGAUGGCCACUCAUUAAAAGAUGCGCCCAUUAACCUUGGUUAGAGUGACUAGCAAAGUUCCCAUUUCUUGACUUGUUUUUGCUAAGCAGAUAUUUACAACUGCAAUAAACUGUAAAAGAUUAAAUGUUUUGUGCUCAAAGACAAAUGUGACCCACAGCUUCUCCCUCCUAUUGCAACAUUAGCAACUAAACCCUUAAAAGAAAGAAAGAUGCCAAUCUUACUGUCUUAAGGCUUUAUGUGUAAAACAAGGAUUAUUGAUUUUCCAUUUCUCAUCUUCUGUGCCAUCAUCUGACUUGUUCAUCAUCAACUUACAGUUGAAUUAGUAAUUGAGUAAUUCAGAGCAAUACUCUUCUGCUGCCGUAAAUAGCACCACAGUAUUUGUGAGGGUAUGCCUAAAGAAAUCUGGCGGAAAGAGCAUUUAAGCACUUGAUGCUCUGGAGGCACUUUUCUUCGGCAUCUUGCGGAUGUCGCCUUGGCAACAUCUACCUGAAAAUGCCAUGACAAGCUGCCAUUACUUCGUCUCUGAAUGUAGUGCGUGUGCGCGUGCUCUCUGUAAAUGGUUCUGCCUUUUAAAAAUGUAAGUAUUGUUAAUGAUUUUCAAACAGAAAAAUAAAGAGCUGCAAUAAAUUAUUCUACC